ACCUCCGAACUUCUGCUCUCCUUGGUAGAAGCUUCUGGGAUCUUCGCCGAUUUACUCAGCUCUUAGACGCCGACCCUCCGCACAGUUGCAAUGCCGCGUGGAAGCCGAAGCCGCACUUCCCGCAUGGCCCCUCCGGCCAGCCGGGCACCUCAGAUGAGAACUGCACCCAGGCCAGCACCAGCAGCUCAGCCACCAGCAGCAGCCCCACCAUCUGCAGUUGGCUCACCUGCUGCUGCACCCCGGCAGCCUGGUCUGAUGGCUCAAAUGGCAACUACUGCAGCUGGUGUGGCUGUGGGCUCUGCAGUUGGGCACACUCUGGGUCAUGCCAUCACUGGGGGCUUCAGUGGAGGACGUAAUGCUGAGCCCUCAAACCCCGACAUCACUUACCAGGAGCCUCUCGGAAGCCAGCCAGCACAGCAGCAGCAGGUUGGCCCUUGCUUCUAUGAGAUGAAACAGUUUUUGGAAUGUGCCCAGAACCAGACUGAUAUAAAGCUCUGUGAGGGAUUCAAUGAGGUGCUGAAACAAUGCAAACUUGCAAAUGGAUUAUCCUAAUCAAGAGGUACAAAUUGAAGAAAAGGAAAAUCGCCUUUCAAGACCAAGUUAAUUUAGCAUAAAAAUGUAAUUGAUAAUGAAAGUAUAAAGGGUAGAACUAUCAGUUAAACCUCUGUUAUUAAAAGCUUCCUUUCUUCAGAAUUGUAGUGGAAGAGUGUGUUCUUAGUGUAUAGAAGUUCACUGAGAUGGUAAAGGAUUGGAGGCAAAUGUUGGUGUGGCUUCCUUAAACCAGCUGUUGUGAUAUUAUUUGUGAAGUAAUUAGAAUAAAGUGAUUUUCUUCCAGGA